UAGGGAAAUCAAUUAAUAUCCAUCCAAACACACACCAAAACUCUCAAAAACCAUCAAACAUUCUCUAACUUUAUUACACAAACAUGACCACUUUCACAAAUCCAACAACUUUGUUCCAUCCAAAAAUCAAAAUAACCAAAACUCAUCACACACAAUGCAAGACACUACCCAAAAUCCAAUCAAACUUAUCAACUAAUGAAGAAAAUUUCUCAUGUAGACGAAAACUUAUCGCGACUUUUCUAGCCACUCCAUUGACACUAGGCCUACAAUUCACCCCUUUAGCAUUAGCUGAAAAUUGGGGCGUUCGAUCAUUCUUAAGAGAACAUUUCUUUGAGCCUGGAUUGUCCCCUGAAGAUGCAGUAGCACGAAUUCGCCAAACAGCAGAUGGACUACAUAGUAUUAAGGAAAUGUUGGAGACUAACUCAUGGAGGGUGCCUGAAAGUCGAAAAGAGUCUUAUAUUAAAACUGCCAAUGAGCUUACUGAUAACAUGGCUGAGUUUGAUUACUACAUUCGAACACCAAAGGUAUAUGAAUCUCGUGUAUUCUAUGAGAAGACGUUGAAAUCGAUUGAUGAAUUGGUGGGAUUACUUGCAUGAUGUCAAGAGUUUUCAUAACAUCAUCAGACUCAGAGUACCCAUUGCCACAGCACUUGCUAAGGUUCCAACAAGUGCAACGAUACGUAAAAUGAGAUCAAAUACAGAGAUCCCUCUGUUUACUCCAUGAACUCUUUUGGCCUUUGAUCCCUCUCCAGCUUCAAUUGAUACUGCCUUCAUCUUUCCCUUUUAGCUCAAACUUUGAAACUCAAAUCAAAUUUUGUUGUUAUGAUCUGUAUGUUAAG